AUGAAUUACAAGUACUUGGGACUAGUCCUGGUGCUUCUCAUGUCCCUUGAGAUUGUUGUUCAGACUCAUGCUGCAGUGGUAACCCCAAGAAAGAAAGACACCGCCUCCACCAAGCCCAAGCCCAAGAGAUUGGUCAACGCUCAGAUCGAGAAGAUCAAUUGGCAGAAGUUGAUGUUGGUGAACACAGACUUGUUGAUCAACAAAAAGACAUACUUUGUGAAGCCGGAUCAGCCAUUCCAGUUCAUGGAAUUCCUGAAAGCCUACGUAGUUACCGGAGUAUCGUUCAUACCAGAAGUUGGCCCAGCCCUCAGUGGUGUCAUCGACAGUGUGUGGUCUGGCUAUAUCGAGAACACCCAGAGCAAUGACUUUAACGAGGAUUGGUACCUGGCCGGCAUCCGCGAGGUAGUUGGUGACGAGCUGGUCAAGUAUGACAUUACCAACACUGUCGCGACCCUCAGAAGUAUUGCCAAGCUCACCAAGGACUUUCACAAAUAUGUCAAUGAGACCAAGUACCACAACACCGACAGCGUUCGUGAGUCUGUAAGGAACUACUACCAUACACUCGCAAGUGGUCUGCGUGAUCAUAUGGAAGGAGAUUUCGCCCGCCCAGGCUACGAACUUGGCGAACUGCCCAGCUAUGCCAUCGCCGCCACCGUCUACUUCAUGCUCCAGGUCGAGUUCAACAGGCAUGCAUUGGAAUGGGGAUUUGACGAGAACGUUAUCCGCAUCGAGAACGAAUUGUCAAUGGAGGCAAGGUCCAAUUACACCACCCACUGCAUCACGACCUUCGAGAACACGCUCGCCAAGAUUGUUGCUGCUGAAGAUGAUGGCGAGCCAAUCUUUGGAAGGAACCAGUUCGAGAAGAUGCUGGCGCUGCGCCGCAUCUUGAUCCCGGCAGUGUUUGACUAUGUUGGCAUGUGGUGGCAAAUGGACUCGACCAUGUUCCCCAUGGGUGUAUAUGCUGAGAGGGUGCGCAAGGUGUGGGCACCGACUUUGGGAUAUGCCCGAGAUCCUGACGUAGGAUAUAACGAUGAUCAAUUCGAGAAUCGGUACUCAGGCCCGGGAGUCUCCUAUGCUCGCUACAUGGAACUGUACGACCAGAAAGGAAUUGAAGAGUACAAAGGCCUAAUCAAGGUCGCUCAUUUCGCCGUGAACGACAACUUCAUCACAGGCUUACGCAAGAGCUAUUUAUCCCCCACCAAUGAUGCUUAUUCAACUCCUUGGAGCCACAAUGACAAUCCACCCGCGGAUGAUAGGGGCUACGUCGUCAACUUCCCCAGGACCUUCAAGGAAGCCCAGCUGACAUUGAUUGGCGAUUCCAUCCCCAGGUACAUCAGGUCCUUUGAUCCUCAGAACCUAUUCUUUUUGUUACUCGAUGGCGAAACUGAAGAAUCGAGGAAGAAUUGCUUCAAAUCCUCCUAUCUCAACAAUGUAGCCCCAAUUAUAUGCCCAACAUCGGCAGAGGAGAGGUAUGAAGACUUUUCUGUGCCGCUCCACAAGGUCGGUGACAUCAUUGCCUGGGACCAGAACGUGGUGAUCAAUCAGGAGUACGACGUCACCGACGCCAUAAUGAUUGGCCUUGUGCCAACCGACGUCUUCCACAGCAACACUGUCUUCAGGACUACCGCCACGGCCAUCGACGCCCAGAAGUACUCUGGAAAGCAUGCAGGAAGCACCUUUGUUCGCGACCACUUCACAAUUGGCUCGCAUGCCAUGUUGAUCCCAACUGGAAGCAGCCUCAAGUACCACUUUAUCGCCCAGGACAACGCCGGUAGCAAUCACUACCUUGGUAUUCUGGCCUGUCUGCAGAAUGCUGGAGCUCCAGUGACGGUCACCAUCACCCACUCGAAACUCGGCAAGGUGUGCGACAUUGUGAUCAGCAGUACCGACUACGCUCCACUUCUGGACGCCAACAAAAGCCUCUUGAGGCUGAAUAGUGCUGGAUUGAGCGCUCAGAGUCCAACACUUACUAUCUCGGCCACUGGCAACUUCUACCUCAAGUCAAUCAUCUUUGUUCCAAGACCUUAA